GGAGAAUGCAAGCAACAAUCGCAGCAAGUAAACCUCUUUAGAAAUGUAAAGUUUCUCCCGGCUGGCAAACUGACUUUGAUAUGUUUUGUAAAGUAAGCAAAAGCUGUUGCCAGCCGUAUCUGUCUUCUAUUUCUGGCCUCCCCCCGGGCCCCCCUCUCCAGACUGACGUCAGCAGAAAGUUAUUUUCAUGAAUGGAGGGGGCGGUCACGAGGAAUCGGUGACGUGAGCGCUUGCGGAAGCAGAGCGUGGAAUGUUGGUACAUUGUUGUUGUUUUGUAGUUAAUUCAGUAGGAGGAUACACCACUGCCCGCCAGUCGCGUCUCGCCGACUGUGUCAACUCACUUCGUGGCUUGGAUAGAAAAACUUACUCCGUCACUUUUGCAUUCCCCGUCUACAUAUACCCGCGUUCACAGAGUGCAACUUCUGUGAGGUUCUGGUCGGUUUUCUGCAUGCAGGGCAUGACGACUCAUUUUAAGACAAGCAAAGCUUUAAAGGUCAAAAAUGAGACGGGUGAGAAUGCCCCGGGACUCAGUGACGAUGAGUUGGUGGCCAUGUCUGUGCGGGAGCUGAACCAGCACCUGCGUGGGCUGACGAAGGAAGAUGUCGUACGGCUGAAGCAGCGGAGGCGGACCCUGAAGAACCGAGGCUAUGCCGCCAGCUGUCGCAUCAAGCGUGUCACCCAGAAAGAGGAGCUGGAGAGACAAAAGACAGAGCUGCAGCAGGAGGUGGACAAGCUGGCCCGAGAGAAUGCCAGCAUGAGGUUGGAGCUGGAUGCCCUGCGAGCCAAGUAUGAGGCCUUGCAGUGUUUCGCCAGGACUGUAACGCGAGGGCCAAUCUCACCCGGCAAGGUGGCAACUACCAGCGUCAUCACCAUUGUCAAGUCCGCUAAUCACAACAACACCAGCCCGACCACAUUCUCAGCUCCUUCCUAGUGCUGGGAGGACUGGGCUUUUCCUUCUCCUGCCUGGUCUUCACUGGUUCUGUCCUGAAUCCAGCCAUCUUGUACUGAGAGGAUGCUCAGUAGUUUGUUAGACUGAAGGAUUGGGCGCCAAGCUCUAUGUCACAUUAUGCUGCAUUCACAGUUCUGUCUUCGUUCGCCUGUCUCUUACACAAUCUACACUGUCUGCACACUGUUCACAUCCCCAUCCCGACUCCCAGCACCGGCAGGGUAUUGGGCCUCUGUGACUGAUGGUAGAGAUAUAUUACUGUCCGUCUUACAUGCCCUAAUGCUGCAUCACGCCUCAGACCGGUGGGAUAUUUGAUACUGCAGGACAUCAAUUAUAAACGAUAUGACUUUGUGGCAAUAUAGCUGUUUGUAAUUUCUGUACAUUUACAUAAAAACUGUAAAUUAAGCCUUCAACUGUUGACUUAAAGAUCUAUAAGAAAUCUAUUCCUAACAUGCAGUUCAGCACAGUAAGGUUUUAAAUUUUUCCAGUGAUCUGAGAGACAGAUGAAACAUAAGUUUUCACUUUUUUUUUUCCCCUUUAUCUUUUCUAUUUUAUUCUAAGCCAUAAAAGAAGCUGGGUAAGAAGUAGUAAACUGACAAACAUGUCUUUGUAUUGCAUGUUUGGAAAACACAGAGUAAUGAAAAGAAACACAAAAUCUCCAUCAGCUAUGUUUGCUUCUGUUUACUCUGUUUUAGAUGAAUUAGUAAGUAGGGUUGAAAUGUGUUGUUAAAGACAUUGUGAAGUCUGUUUGAGAAGGGUUGGGUGUAAAUUCUGAUGGCUAUUUUAUAGCUCUUGACUCCAAAUUGUAGGUUUCCUUUUUUUAUACCAUUAAUAGGUUUUAAACCUCUUUGUAACUUAUGAUGAAAACAUUACAUUUGAAUGUGUUUAGGAAGCAGAUUGAGCAAAAAUAGUUUGUAAUUAGAGAAUUUUCUUAAUUACAUAGCACUUAUAACUGUAAAGAUACAGUAUAAAGCAAAUUACAUGAUACAAUUUCACAGAAGCCAUUCUUGUAUGUACUAAAUGUGUGAUGAUAAUGCGGUGGGAAUAUUUAGUGGCAGUCUAAAGUAAGGAUGUAUGGUAAACCCUGCUGCACUUGUGAUGUUUGGUGGAUAAUCCAUAUUGGAUAUAGUGAUAAUGAAAGCAGUCCUUUAAAAAAAUCAGCUAUCUUCCUGUAUAUUACAGAUUAAAGGUGACAAAUCCUUCGCUGGUUCUGUUGUCACGUUGAUAAACUCCGUCCAGAAAAGAAAAAUCAUUCCUACCGCUGGGUCACAGGAAGUGCUGCUGCUGCCGGUGUUGGUAUUUUUACAGCCAGUAGCUAUUUACUUUUGCGUUUGACACACUCUUCUACAAGAAAAACUCCUGACACCUGUCUCUUAAAAAAAUUGAAUGCAGUAAAUGCCUUUCUCUUUAUGAACAUCUUGCAUUAUUUAAAUAUAAAGCUGACUUGAAAACAAGCUGUUCCUACAGAGGAUCCAUUCUUAAUGUUGAGACAACUCAUGUCAGGAUUUCAUCUUGCCUUAGAGGACAUGACUGUUCUACCCCUGUUCAAUAGCUGCAAAGAACAGAAUGGGAAACUAUGCUGCUGUACAACCUGCUGUGAUUUUAUUUUUUCAAGCAGGGGCAUUGCUGUGUUCUUUCUCUUUUUGAAUUUUCACCCAGUUCCUAUGUUAUGUCCUAUGUUCUUUUUCUGACAGUUUUAUACAGUCUGCAUACAAAAUACAUAAAAAUAUACUUAUUUUUCUGUCUUUUACUCUCUUUAGAGUGGUGUGUCUGUGUAAUCACUAGAGUUAAAGUGAUAUUGAUGCUGACUAUUUGUAUUCACAUUUAUGAGACUGUGUUCAUAACUUAAAUCUUUUAUAUAUUUUUACUUGACAAUUAGCUGCCUAGGGUUACAUUCAGAUGGCUGAUAUUCUGUAACCUUGCAAACAGUGGAAAUUGCAGUUAUGUCAAAUAUAAGCACAUGUAGAACUGUCGAUGUAAUGUUAGUGAGAUGUAAAAUGGACCUCAUUAGAAUGUGAUCAAACGGUCAACCGUGUUAUAGGAUCCUUCAGUGCAAAUUUUAAAGCAUGCUUGUACUUUCCCACCGAGACCAGUGUUGUGAAAACUUGGAAAGUGACUGCAUUGUCAGAGCAUUUUUAAGGCUUCACGUGUUAAAAUAUUUCCUAAGAGCUUAUGAGCUUAAACUAAGUGUAAACCUGGUGCAGUCACCACAGGUUUUAAAAGUGUUCCCUACAAUGGUAAUGCUUUUAUUAUUCAGCACUGCUAACCCAAACCCAGUUAAUGUGAUAGUCUGUUUCAGUCCUAAAACCAAAAACAAUAUUGUUUUGUUUACAUAGGUCUACUUUAAAUGCUCAUGACAGCUAAAAUGCAAAGCAUUAUACUGACCUCUGGUGGUGAGUCUUCAAAACUAUAAGCACUUAUAUACUGCAUCUGAGACCAAGUUGGCAAAUUUUGAGAACAUCUUUUUUUUUUUUAGACAAUGCAAAACGUAUUUUUUUACUGUGCCAAAUAAAAGACAAACCUUUCUCUAGGUGAAUUACCAAACCAAGAUCCAUGAUGUUUUUUUUUUUUUUUGUACAGAUCCAUAAAGACACAUUUUCCAAUUAAUUUAAACAGAUGUUAGAAAAGAAAAUGUAGACAGAUUUGUGGGACAAGGAAAAUAAAUUCCUGCCGUAGAUGUUUACUAAACUUUGUCCAGGACAUUUUUCUUUCCUCUUACAGUUUAAUAUAUUUGGCAACAUCCAGACGUUCUAUUCCGGCCAACACUUCUGGAUGAAUUGUAAAUAUUGAAAAGGCUCGUAUUUUGAUAAGUGCAAGAAUAUUUAUGGAAUUUGUUUCCUGACAAACAUGACUUUUUAAAUAAGCUUUCAACACCAUCUUUGCCGUUCUACAGUCUACUGUUUAAAUUCUGUUAUAAAACUGCUGAAAGGACAACACAAAUCAAAUGCUAUUUUAAUGACUGCAAUUACUAUGCUAAAUUAGUUUGGAGUAGAAGAGUUUCUUUUUUAUCUAUUCACAGCAAUGAGUUGAGGGCAAUUAGUUGCCAUCUAUAAAAAACCUUGAAUGAGGACAGUAAAUGGCAGCAUAAACCAGUUAUGUACCCUUUAAACUUGUUAUUAGUCUGCUUAUGUUUUGUAUUUAUUUCAUGGUAUUAAAAAGGAACAGCUAAAUUAUUUUUUAUUUUAUGUUCAUUUAUUUACCUGUUCUCAAUGAACUACCAUCAUGUACAAAUAAAACAUUUUUUCCUGCCCUGA